UUCCUAGCUUGGAAAUGAAACCGGCUGAAGUAAAAAUACCCAAAAAGCAUUUUCCAAUUCUGGCACACACUGCAUUCAUCUCAAUGAUCAUUUUGGACCUUUAGAUAAUAUGUGGAGUGUUGUGCCUAAAGCAAAAACAUGCCAUAUAGCAGUUAAAGAGAUCAUGGCUCUGAUGCUGAGGAUUAUGUUUUUAUCUGACGUGACAGAUGGUAUUAAGACCAAAGCACUAUCUUGGAUCUUAACAGCAGCAGGGUAAUACUCUGGCUCUGAUCUCUGUUUAAAAUCAUCUACAGUGUCAUUUCAACAGACAUUUUCAGUAACAUCAGUUGGAGUCAUUUCCUUUUCCAGCACACGGAAACUUUCAAAAGGAAUUCCUAAAUCACAAGUUAUUUUUAUGUAAACCUUUUGCUGCUGUCUUCAGUUUGGGAUUUUUUUUGGUGGCAAAUACACAUUUUUGUCCCCUUAUUUUUAAAGAUGGCAUCUGGUGGAAAGGACAACCCUAUUCUAAAUGAACGUGACUGUAGUAAACAUAAAUGUCCUGCACAGGAGAAUUCUUCUGGACAGAGCACCUCAGAGAGAAGUAAAGAGCAUCUGCUGGUACCAGCCAGUCAGUUGCUGAUGCCACCACAGCGCAUACGCUCCAACUCUUUAAGGGAGGAAUCCCCAGAGGAACAACAUAAAUUUAUGAAUCUAAUUACUCAUGGCCAACGUGGACGCAUGGAGGACCAGUGCUGCAUCUUGGAUCCUAGCAGAAGUACUCCAUGUUCACCCCUGCAUGCAGAUGGGCAGCAGGUUGAAAAUCCUGAGACCUUUUUUGACCUUUUGGCCCACACUCAGAGUCACCGGCUUGAUGACCAGCGUGUGUCUCUUCCAUCAUUACCAGGAUUACAGAAGGAAAGUAACACUUCUAAUGGAGACUCGAACUACUUGUGUUAUAUGGUCUCGAAAGUUCAGGAUUCCAGAUUGAAUGAUCAAAGGUGUUCCCUGCCAGAGAUUCAGAAAUCUACUUCAAGUCUAAAGCCUUCUUGUUCAACCUCCUACAUUCCGAGCUCAGACAAGCAACACCUGAAUGAUAAAGAUAAAGCACCUGCAAAACAGGCCUUGUCUGAAGCUGACCUUGAGGAUUUUUUCAGUUUAGUGAGUCACUCGCAAGGCGGUCGAUUGGAUGAACAGCGAUGUGUGUUAAAUGUUAGCCCCCAAACCACCACAAAACACCAACUUGGUCAGAGCAAAGUCCCCCAAGACAGUGAGCAGUUCUUUAGCCUGCUGUCCAAUGUUCAAAGCAGACGGCUUGAUGACCAGCGGAUAUCUCUUCCUUCAUUACCUGGGAUACAGAAUGGUGGCAGCACAUCACUAACUUCUGCUGAAACAGAUGCAAAUUACUUGUGUUACCUUGUUUCAAAAGUCCAGGGCGGAAGAAUGGAUGAACAGAGAUGUUCUGCACCUCAAAUUCUCAAGAAUCUGGGUACUCCCUCUCCUCAAUGCAAAGAUGUUACCUCAGAAACAACUGUCAAGCCUCUUCAGAGACAGAGGUCUGGCUCCUUUAAAAGUGACUGUUAUUGGCAGGACUUAUGCCCAGUUGAACAGGAACAGUUGUUAAAAAUGCUUAAACAUGCUCAGAGUGGACGCAUGGAGGAACAACGGUGUUCUUUACAACCCAGCCAAAGCAACCCUGUCUCACCAACAUAUAAUGGAAACGCUUUAAAUUAUGUAUCAAUAGAUGAACAAACGGAUGCAUUCAGGAAGACGGCUUCUUCUAGAAAACCAGAUGAUCAACACAUUGAUCAUUCUGCCCCAGCACACAAAAGUGAAAAGUCUAAAACAAAAGAUAAAGUUAGAAACUCAAAGACUGACAUCCUUGUCUCUCCACCACAAAUUACUGUGGAUAAAGGUACACCGGACACAUCCAGAAAGUACUGUCCCAGGAGUACCUCUGAGACCCAGUGGCCUCAUCUAGACUCCAGCUCUGCUUUGGCUCUCCCCAAAUCUGCAUCAUUUACCCCAGAAACAGAAUUUCAACAGGAUCCUCCUUCAUCAGCACAGCUGACCUUAAAGGUGUCCAUGAGCAUCACCCCACCACCAGGUCCGAAUUAUAACUAUCAGAUUCCAGAAGUUUUUCUCACUCUUGGUUCCCCAGGAGAAAGUGUAAAUAUACCUUUGAGUCCAGUAUUUGGCAGACCCCUGUCCCUAGACUUAAAUCUCACUCCAAAAAAGGAUGGUAAAUCCAAGCACUGCUCUCCAAGCCGUGCAAGUCCCAGGAAAGCCCGUUCACGGCCAUCAUCUCCCUACCGUGAAGCACCUACCAAAGUAAAUCUUGUCACCUCAUGCCCAAAUAUACAGGAACAACUUUUAACCAGCGUUAUCAUUCCAAAGGAGGACACUUCACUGACUGAGAAGCUACCUACAGUCCAGCUGCAAAAAGGAAAGGCUCAAGGGAGACAACAAGCUGCAGCCACUCUGGGAAAGGAAAAGGCUGAGCAAAAAAAGGGAAAGGGAGGUGGAAAGAAAGAUAAGAAAAAAUAGCUGCAAUUGACAAUUGUGAAAGUGUGCAUUAUAAACAGAGGCAAGCUAACCUAAGUAAAACAUGAAAGUUAUUGUAUUGGUGUAAAAAAAUACUUAAUUUUUUACGAGUUAAAAUGACCUAACAGUAGUUUAGUUCAAUUAUUUUAAUUACAUAGAAUUUAGAACGUGUUUUAGUUUGUUGCUUAAAAUGUAGACUGGGGGAAGAACUUACUUUCUGUUUUCUGAAAAUUCCAGAUCAAACUGAUGUUUUGUGUUUAUCUGUUUUACUGUUGUCAUCAUGUGUAAGUAAGCCCAGUGCUCUUGUGACUCGUGUUAAGGUAGGAUAAUGAAGAUGUAUAAUAAUAAAAGCAAAAUACCAAACAGAAAAGGUCUUAAUUUCGUUUGAAUGUUUGAUUUAAAUUUGUAACCAGCCUCCCCACGCUGCAGCCUCAAAUGAAAGAGCAUUAAUACAUGUUACAACUUGAAUUACAGCAAUGAUAUGACUGAUUAUUUAUCUUUGUCUUAUAUUAACUCUCAUACAGUUUUAUGAGAUGAGGUGAUUUGUGAUAGACUGACAAGCACUCAAAGAAUAUACAGCAUCUUGCCUGAAGACAUCUUCAGCUAUUAUUGACUCUGACCACAAUAAAGAAGUAAAUGAACAAUACACGGAAUUUGUUUCAAGUAUAGUUCAUUUAUUUAUAAGCUAAAGAUGAACAGAGGGGGUUCAUAUUAUAUGAAUCUGUCUCUGUCCCAGGGGAU